GGUGUUGGAUUUCUACUCUCUCGACAGGUUUCAGUUUCCUUCUCAAUCAGUCUACUCAAGUAAGAAAAGUGACGAUGACUUCGUUUAACCUCCCCCCCAAUAUCUCACUCAAGGGAAAAGCCGCUAUAGUUACUGGUGGUUCCCGUGGAAUCGGAGCUGGCAUUGCUCUUGAACUCGCUCAGCGCGGUGCCAACGUUGCCAUUGUGUACCACUCCGAUAAGAGUACCCCGGCAGCUCAGAAAGUCGCAAGCCAAAUCCGUGAAUUUGGCAGUGUGGCUUCUCUGGUGCAAGUUGACCUUGCGACACUGGACGCUGGACGUCGUGUUAUUGACCAGGCUCUGCAAGGACUCAAUGUCAAAAAAAUUGAUAUUCUCGUCAACAAUGCUGCGUCAUAUCCUCCAUUCUUACCAGUUUUAGAACUGGAUGGGAAAUUAUUUGAUCAUGAAUACAUGGUCAACGUGCGCGCACCACAUCUUCUUGUCCAGGCACUGCUCCCUCAUAUCGCUGAAAAGGAUGGCCGAGUAAUCAAUAUAUCAUCCGGGCUAUCUCGCAUAGGUAUCAGUAAUCUCUCCCUAUACGCAUCCACCAAAGCUGCCUUGGAAUGUCUGGGACGCCAGUGGGCGCAUGAGCUCGCCUGUCCCUACAAGAUGACGGUCAAUAAUUUGGCCUUGGGCGAGAUUGACACUACUGUCGAGGGGGGAGAAAUUCCUGAUGAAUUCCGAGAUGCACAGGUCAAUGGGCCGAGUGCGGCAAAACGUCACGGUAGCGUUGGAGAGGUGGCUAAUGUUGUAGCCUUCCUAGCUAGCUCUGGCGCCAGUUGGAUCAACGGAAAUACAGUUUCAGUCAGUGGUGGUCAUGUUUACAUUUAAACGAGAUAUGGUGGGAGGAAUAGUCUAAGACAACGGGAUGACUGGGCUAAGCCCAAUUGGGUGAGGCCAUCUGUUUAUUUUGUGGGUCUACUCGGCUCGGUGAUGUUUUUGAUGAGCUUCUUGUCAAAAUCAAGCAAAUCUCAUAUAGUUUAAAAUUCAAUGCCAAUUCAAUUUUACAACA